CGUAACCAGUUGUGUGAUACAAUUAUCACGUUCCAUAGACGAUAGGGAUACGAACAGCCGGCAAAGCAAAAUCGAAAGUGACUCCUUCUCUAGCAAGGAUCAAUAAAAUUCUUCGCAAGUUUUUCUAACGGAUUUAUUGGUGUGCGAGUGUGUGUAAGAGAGCGUGGCCUUGUGUCAACCAAAGUGAACAAUCCAAGUUUCAAGAAGUUGCCCAUUGGACGCAUCAUAAAUUAUAACAACCUCUUGUGUGAAAUAAUAGCCUUCCUAACCAACGAAGAAUGAAGUGGUUUUUGUUAUGCGUUUGUGUGAGUGUGUUGGCCAUCAACAUUGUGACGGCUUCAUAUCCUGCCCUGCAUGCUGCUCUGCAUUUGGCCCAACAGAAGUCGAUAACGAAUCCACAAGAUGUGCAUCAACAUCAGCGUAACUCAUUGGAACAAUCCUCCUCGGACUCUGCGGAAAUUGGAAAUGAUAUUGGCGCUAUGGUCAGCUCUUCGGAAGAUUAUGAUACUCAUCCUCAGUACAGCUUUGCUUACGAUGUCAGAGACUCACUGACGGGCGAUGACAAGCAACAGGAAGAGAAACGUGAUGGCGAUGUAGUCCAAGGCCAGUAUUCCCUCAUUGAACCUGAUGGCUCACGCAGAAUUGUUGAGUACACCGCGGACGAUAUCAAUGGAUUUAAUGCAGUGGUCUCAAAGCAAAUGUCCGAUGAGCGUUCUCGUGCCCCAGCCUCCGCAUCUGCCACCUCAUCGUCGUCUCGCUACAAUAGCUUUGAAGCCCUUCAAUCGCAAAUUCAGGCUCAUGCCCUUGCCGAGGCUCAGGCCCAGUCAGCUGCCUACGCCGAAGCUCAAGCUUUGGCCGAGGCUCAAGUACGUGCUGAAGCCAUGGCCCAAUCGCAACAAAAUUCUCAAGCAGAAGCUCAGGCCCGCAUACAAUCGGAAAAUCAUGCUCGCGCCCAAGCCCAGCAUUUGAUGGAACAAUUUGAGCAGCAAUACAAACAUCAGCAACAACAACAGCAGCAGCUGCAACAGCAACAACAGCAAUUGCAAUUGCAGGCUCAACAACAAUUGCAACGCAGCCAGCAACAGCAGCAGCAACAACAACAACAACUUCUGCGUACUCAAUACCAGCAAUCGCAAGAACGCCUUUCCAACGAACAAGCCUUGCUGCUGUCCCAGUCCUUGCCCUCGCAGGCUUUGGGUCAUAGUGUACAUGCCACCGUGGUAAGCCACCCACCCACCUUAUUGUCUCGCACCCCUACCGGCCCAGUAUUUGCCCAAUCCCAUGAUAUUUCAGCGUUGAAAGAAAUCCAUGAAAACAAUGGCCGUCUUAACAUUGAACGCAACUCUCAGGCUCAAAUAGUCAUUGCCCAGCCCGCCAGUGCCACAGUACAGGCCCAAGUCAUACACACACCCAUAUCGUCGCUGCUGGAAAACGCCAAUGGCUUAAGAUCGGGCAGUGGCUCCAUUAUCUCGACCCGCAUCACCAAUAACGGACGUACCUCAGGAUCCGGAAGUCUAAAUCUCGGUGGCAAUGGAAGACAUGGCAGUGAUCAGCUACUAAGCGACUUGGAUAGCAGCGAAUUGCAAAACGCCAUUUCACGCCAGUCUUCAGCCUCAAGCUAUGAUACAUUGCGCCAGCAAACCAAUCGCCGCUUGCAAAGCAUCUACCACAGCUCAAAUUCUAACGGCAAUGGCAAAAGGAAUGGAAACGGAAAUGCCAACGGCAAUGGUAACGGAAAUGGCAACGGGAAUGGCAACGGUAACGGCAAUGGCAAAUCGAUAUGGUAAUUGAUGAAGGAUGAAGGCGUACUCUUUCAACAUAUCACACUCAAAAGGCAGGACGAAAACAAAACCACGAUCUUCAGUAGCUCUUAGAAAUUGAAACGAAAAAAAAAAAACAACGGCUUAACGACCCUUGCUAACUCUAACAGGACCAUGACUUUUACCAAAACCGCCAAUGUGAACAAUUUCAGUUUUUUUUCCAUUAUAGUCCAUAAGUUUUAGCAUAAUUUGUUUGCAUUUGUUAGUAUUAUUUUAUUUAUUUUAUCUCUGUUAUUAACUCUUCAGUGUGUAUUUGUUGUCUUUAAUUUUCUUACUAAUAUAGGGGAUGUGGGACUUCUAUUCACAAUAUGCAACAGGACAAUUUCCACUAACACUUAGCAUUUGUGGGCAUUCUGUAUCUAAUUUUUCCUAUUUAAAGCAUAACCAACAAAAAAGUUUAAGUUCCCUCAGCAACUCUCGGCAAAUCAUCAUCAUCAUCUUUCCCACCAUCAACAAGAUUUCGGUAAAACUUUUGGGAUUUCCGUUUCCUCUUAACUGACGAUGUCCCAACAAAGGAACUCUGACUGUGCGAAUCGCGCAACAUUUUAACUGUCUCAUUUUCAUAACCAAACACUUUUGAUUCAUUCCGACUCUACCCCCUUCCAGACUUCUGGCUCCUAGCCAUUCAUUUACUCGUUCAUACAUUCAUCUAUUGCAUCUGUGUUCUUAAGACUACUACUACCAGUACUCUAUGAUACUCUUACACAUACACUUACAUAUAUACAUCUUACACUCACACACAUUGUUGUUGUUAUGAAUGUGACACAUUUGUUGUUUUUGUUACUUUGUGUUCAUUUAUGCUCAACUAACUUUUUGUUUUUAUACCAUAUUGUAAGCAUCCUGUCUCUGUUUCUAUCUCUCACUCACAACACACACACACAUACACAUACUCACCAGCGCGCAUAGAUACCUUCUCAUUUUGUUAAUCUUUUAUGUCUCUGUGUGUUUUGUUUUUUCUUUUGUUUUGGUUUUUUUUUCUUGUUACUUAUUUUAGUCGCUAGUCGCUUAAGCUUAUUUUACAACAACAAAAAAA